AUGGCCACCAUGGAGCCCAAGGUGAUCUGCGUCCUGCUCGUGAUCUUCUCGCUGGCCUUCAGCAGCCUGGCCCAGGUCCAGACUGAGACGUGCGUCAUGUCCCCGAGCCAGAGAAACAACUGUGGGUACCCCGGCGUCACGGCCAGCGAGUGCGCAGCCAAGGGCUGCUGCUUUGACAGCACCGUCCGCGGGUACCCGUGGUGCUUCUACCCGCUGAACGACAUCCCAGAAGAGGAUUGUGGAUUUUAG